CCAAGUUUGUGCAACCUGCGAUCCUUUCUUGUUUUUUUGUUUGCGUUUGGUUGCAAAGAGCAACGAUCAUGUCAACCGUUGCACUGGAGCCUCUGUUCUUCCACCUUCGCCGGAGAGAAACUCCGAUUCACCUUUCCAAACAGAACCCAUUCAGACCCUUCUUUCUCAUCAGCGCCUCUUCUAACCUCAACCUCAAUCUCAAUGCCUCCUUCACCUUCCGCCAACCCCGCAUGCCUGCACUUGCUGCUUCCCUUACAGACACACCUAUCAUCGACCCCCUUCAAUGCUCUGACACCUUCUUCACCAACACUUUCCCAAUCAACACAACCCAAACGGUGGAGGGAAAGGUUUUUGUGAGACUGGAUCACAGGAAGGAUUUGAGAGACUUGGAGCUUACAGUGAGUUGCAAUCUACCUGGAAAAUGGAUUCUUCACUGGGGAGUUACCCAUGGUGAUGAUGUUGGAAGGGAAUGGGAUCAACCUUCUCAUGAUAUGAUACCCCCUGGAUCUGUUUCUAUUAAGGACUGUGCAAUAGAGACACCCUUGAUGAAGUCAUUGUUAUCUACUGAAAGCGAUACAUUUCAUGAAGUCAGGAUUGAUCUCAAACCCAACAAUGAAAUUUCAGCAAUUAAUUUUGUUCUCAAGGAUGAGGAAUCUGGAGCUUGGUAUAGAAACCAAGGAAGAGAUUUCAGGGUUCCUUUGGUCAACUACCUUAAGGCAGAUACUAAUAUGAUUGGAACUAAAAGAGGCUUUAGUUUAUGGCCAGAGAAUUUAGGGCAGAUGCCUAAAAUGUUCCUCAAGUCAAAAUCAGGUCAGGAUGGUAGCAGCAAAACCAGAGAUCCAAAACAAGAAAAUACUCAACCAGAAGGUUUCUAUGUAGAAAUUCCUAUUACAAAGGAGGUUUCAAUUAAUAACUUCAUCCGUGUCUCAAUUAAGAAAUGCUUUGAGUCUGAGGCAGUUAAGAACCUUUUAUGUUUGGAAACGGAUCUACCUGGAGAUAUUGUUCUUCACUGGGGAGUUUGCAGGGAUGAUUCAAGAAAGUGGGAAGUUCCACCUGCCCCUUAUCCGCCAGAAACAAUAACAUUUAAAGACAAAGCUUUGAGAACUCGAUUACAGCCAAGAGGCAGUGGAAAAGGAUCUUCAGUACUAAUCACUUUAGGAGAAGAGUUUUCAGGGUUUCUUUUUGUUCUUAAGCAAAAUGAAAAGACUUGGUUCAAGCAAAUGAGAAACGACUUCUAUAUCCCCCUCUCAAGUUCAGGUAGCUUGCCUAUUGAUGGCAACAGGGAGGAUCAAUCAGGUGUGCAGAGGGAAGCGGCUGAAGAGGCAAGUCAAGGGACUUCUUUCUUUUCAUUUACUGAUGGAAUUAUCAAUGAAAUAAGGAAUUUGGUGACAGACAAUUCCUCUGAGAAAAGUAGAAAGACAAAAUCCAAAAAAGCACAAGAAAGCAUUCUUCAAGAAAUUGAAAGACUGGCUGCGGAAGCCUAUAUUUUCUUCAAAACCUCCAUUCCAUAUUUCUCAGAGGCAACUAUUGCAGAACCUGAAGCACCUAUUGCGGAACCUGAAGCUGCAUCUGAAUCAGAGGCACUGGCUCUGGAUCCAGAAAUAUGCUCAGGGACAGGCACCGGAUAUGAAAUAUUAUGCCAAGGGUUUAACUGGGAAUCUCAUAAAACUGGAAGAUGGUACAUGGAGCUUAAGGAGAAAGCUUCAGAACUAGCAUCACUUGGUUUUACUGUGGUUUGGCUACCACCACCUACAGAGUCUGUGUCUCCUGAAGGAUACAUGCCAAAGGAUUUAUAUAAUUUGAAUUCCAGAUAUGGGAACACUGAUGAACUGAAAGAUUUGGUGAAACGACUUCAUCAAGUUGGCAUUAGAGCUCUAGGAGAUGCUGUUUUAAAUCACCGCUGUGCUCACUGUCAGAAUCAGAAUGGUAUUUGGAACAUAUUUGGAGGUCGUCUUAACUGGGAUGACUGUGCAGUUGUUGCUGAUGAUCCACAUUUUCAGGGGAGGGGUAACAACAGUAGUGGAGAUAAUUUUCAUGCUGCUCCAAACAUUGAUCACUCACAGGAAUUUGUGAGAAAGGAUCUCAAAGAAUGGUUAUGCUGGUUGAGGAAUGAAAUUGGGUAUGAUGGAUGGAGGCUUGACUUUGUCAGAGGAUUUUGGGGUGGUUACAUAAAGGACUACCUGGAUGCAAGUGAACCUUACUUUGCUGUCGGAGAAUACUGGGAUUCCCUUAGUUAUACAUAUGGUGAAAUGGAUUGUAAUCAAGAUGCUCAUAGGCAGAGGAUAGUUGACUGGAUCAAAGCCACCAAUGGUACAGCUGGUGCAUUUGAUGUUACAACAAAAGGGAUUCUGCACUCUGCACUGGAAAGAUGUGAAUAUUGGAGGUUGUCAGAUCAGCAGGGAAAACCCCCUGGUGUUGUAGGGUGGUGGCCAUCUCGUGCUGUUACUUUUAUAGAGAAUCAUGACACUGGCUCUACCCAGGGUCAUUGGAGAUUUCCCAGUGGAAAAGAAAUGGAAGGAUAUGCUUACAUUCUUACUCAUCCAGGAACCCCAUCAGUGUUUUUUGACCACAUUUUCUCUCAUUAUAAAAAUGAAAUAGCAAGUCUUGUAUCUUGCAGGAAGAGGAACAAGAUCCACUGCAGGAGUACAGUUCAAAUUUGUAAAGCAGAAAGGGAUGUUUAUGCAGCCAUGAUUGAUGAAAAAAUUGCUAUGAAGAUUGGACCUGGACAUUUUGAACCACCUACUGGCUCCCACAGAUGGUCCUUAGCAAUUGGGGGAAGAGACUAUAAGAUUUGGGAAGCAUUAUAAUAUAAUGAAGUACCUUACAAGUGUGUGUAUAUAUAUGGUCACUGGUAAAUCCUCCCCUUUUACCUUGCUGAAGAAGCAAGUUCUAUUCAAGAAUAGGUUGGGGUAUUCAGAUGGUGGCAGGGCAGGCUCCAAUUUGAAGUGAGUUGUGCCACGCUAGCUGUUGCUUAAUGUUAGCAUUUCAGCCAAAUGUAGGUCCUCAUUUGGAACAUGAAAAAUGUGGAUCCCUUAAAGUCAGAAAAUGAGUUGUAUCAUACAUACUAUAUAUACAAAGCACAUGGUUUUCAGA